AUGAAUAAGGACAUUGAAGAAAAAAUAAGGGAGAGAAUCAAAUUAUAAUAUCCAUUUCCUCCAUAUGAAUCCUAACUUGAUUUAUCUAAAGAUAUCUAUAUGAGUUUAGCAUAAGGAAUAAAAGUAUAAAUUAAUAUGUAUAUAAAAAAAGGUUUCCAUUUUUGAAUCUCCAACAGGAACAGGAAAAAGUUAUGCUUUAAUUGAAGGAGCUUUGAAUUAUUUAGAUGAUAUAAAGUCAAACACAUUAAUUAAAGUAAAAUAGAAAUGCUAAAUUGAUAAUGAUAUGCCAGAUUGGUUUAAUGAACCAGAUGUUGAUUUAAAACUAAAUCCUUUAAAAAAACCUAAUAUUAAUGGUAUAUUAGAUUUUUGA